AUGUACAACAAUCAGGUAGCUCCCACAGACAUCAAGCAAGGUGGGCAACCCUUUGAUGAAAAGUUUGCCGUUGCAAAACCAAAAUACAACGAUAUUCCGUUCGCUAUUGCCUUUUGGGCUACAUUCAUUGCCUUUGCUGUCAUCUCUGGCUUCUGCCUCAAUGCAUACAGCAAGAACAAUGCUGGCAGUAUCUACACCAACCAGUCAGUUACGCUCAACUCCAACACUGUCAUCUUGCUCGCCUUUGUUGUUGCCACAUCACUCGUUCUGGCGCUCAUCUACUUCACUCUUGCUCGUAAAUUCACAAAGACCUUCAUCUGGGUGACGGGAAUUAUCCACGUCGUGGCUGGCUUUGCUACAGGCGCCUGGUACAUCUACGAGAAGCAAUACGGCGCAGGCAUCGUCUUCCUCAUCUUUGCAGUCUUCUAUCUCAUUUGCUUCAUCUCCUGGAUCCCACGGAUUCCCCUGGCAACCUUGUAUCUCCAAUUCACUAUGGACGUGGCGAAACACUACAAGUCAAUCUACAUUGUUUCCUUCUUCGGUACUGUUGCCAGUUCGGCUUUCAGCGCCUGGUGGGCCGUCACACUCGUUGCAGCAUACGCAAAGUACUCUCCUAAUGCUACAAGGACAGGUCAAGCCAAUCCGGGUUGCUCAGCCGCUGGUGGUACCUGUUCAAAUGCCUCCUUGGUACUGGUCAUUGUCUUUUUGACCUUUUCCGCAUAUUGGACAACCGAGGUCAUCAAAAACACCAUUCACUGCACGAUUUGUGGCGUGUUUGGCUCUUUCUACUAUGGCGUCGCUGAUCCUAAGGGUCUUCCUAAGCAUGCUGCUCUUUCUUCGAUCAAGCGAUCCAUGACGUAUAGCUUUGGAUCUAUCUGCUUUGGAUCAUUGCUCGUCGCCAUCAUUUCACUCGUCAAGCAGGUGAUUGAUACAUUUGUUCGUGCACAGAUGCAGUCUGGUGAUAUGAUCGGUGCCAUCAUUGGCUGUAUCGCUUCCUGCUUCGUUGGCAUCUUGCGCUGGUUAUUGCAGUACUUCAACAAAUACUGCUAUGUUCAAGUCGCCUUGUAUGGUAAAGCGUAUAUUGCUGCUGCAAAGCGAACGUGGCAAUUGGUCAAGUCGCGUGGAAUCGAUGCACUCAUCAAUGACUCCCUCAUCUCGAAUGUCCUUACCGCAGGUGCUGUCUUUAUCGCGUAUGUCACUGCAUUGUUGGCAUACUUGUACCUCAAAUUCACAGCACCAGCUUAUAAUGUCGGUGGUGGCUAUACGCCGAUUGUCAUGGCAGUGAGUUUCCUGGUGGGUUUGCAAAUUGGUAAUACGGCCGUGCAAGCUAUUUCUUCGGGUGUUGCAACGCUGUUUGUGUGUACGGCUGAGAACCCUGAGAUUCUACGUGAGUACUUCCCUGGUUUGUUUGCAGAGAUGAGCAGGGUGUAUCCGCAGAUCAUGUCGGGUGUCGUUUAG